GAAGUGAAUAUAAAGCUGCGCCCGAGCAUCGCGACAAGCAUUCAUUCACUUGAUCCCACAGUGUGAUCAUCAGAUGGACAUUUCGCUGCACAGCGCCCAAGGAAGUUGCCAGGACAAAGACACAGUGUUACUCAGUGUGGUCAGAAGGACGUUUCUGUGAUCUUCAGCGCAUCUCUGCAAGUGGAAAGUGAGAGUUUUUUUUAUUAUUCUGUGCGUGUGCGGAUUCUGUGGCAUUUCCUGACGGCAUUUUGCACCCAUCAGCAUGCUAUCGAAAGUCUUCCUGUUCACAACAAAGCGCUUCCCGCGCCAGAUUGCUCAGCAUGUGAAGCGCAUGGCAACAGCUUCCGAGGCUGGCCUGAAGUAUAGCCACCUCUUGAGCGGCGACGCGGCGCGAUUGUCACCCAAGGUGAGGGCGUUCGUGGAGGAAUCCGCCGCCCUGUGCCAGCCCGACAAGAUCCACAUCUGUGACGGAUCGGAGGCGGAGAAUCGCGAGUUGCUCGCGGUGCAGCAGCGCCAGGGAACAAUUGUGCCGCUGCCGAAGUACGACAAUUGUUGGUUGGCGCGCACGAAUCCCGCCGAUGUGGCCAGAGUGGAGUCCAAGACGUUCAUCUGCACGGAGAGACGCGAGGAGACGGUGCCGACGCCCAAAGCUGGCGUCACAGGGGCGCUGGGGAAUUGGAUGCCUCCGCAGGAGUACGAGAAGGCCAUCGCACAGCGCUUUCCGGGCUGCAUGAAGGGCAGGACGAUGUACGUGGUACCCUUCUCAAUGGGUCCUGUGGGAUCGCCUCUGUCGAAGAUCGGAGUGGAGAUCACGGACUCGCCGUACGUCGUGGCGUCCAUGAGGAUCAUGACUCGCAUGGGGGGCAGAGUGAUGGAGCAGCUGCACGAUGAGGAGUUUGUGAGAUGCCUGCACUCUGUGGGAACGCCGGCGAAUGGAGUGAUCGAUAUGCCUUCCUGGCCAUGUGAUCCCGAGCGCACGAUCAUCCUCCACAAGCCAGCGAUCAAUGAGAUCGUCUCUUAUGGAUCGGGAUACGGAGGGAACUCUCUAUUGGGAAAGAAGUGCUUCGCUCUGAGGAUCGGCAGCACGAUUGCGCACAGAGAGGGCUGGCUGGCUGAACACAUGCUGAUCUUGGGCAUCACGAAUCCUCGCGGUGAGAAACGCUACAUCGCAGCCGCCUUCCCAUCGGCCUGCGGAAAGACUAAUCUGGCCAUGCUGACGCCGACUCUGCCUGGUUACAAGGUCGAGUGCGUGGGUGAUGACAUUGCUUGGAUGAAGUUCGACUCACAGGGACAAUUGCGUGCCAUCAAUCCUGAGAAUGGCUUCUUCGGCGUGGCUCCUGGCACGUCAAUGGCUACGAAUCCCAAUGCCAUGAAGACAGCAUUCAGUAACACGGUGUUCACGAAUGUGGCCUCAACGUCCGACGGUGGCGUUUACUGGGAGGGCAUGGAUAGUGUGCCGGAAGGAGUGGAGAUCACAGAUUGGCAGGGACGCGCCUGGAAGAAGGGCGAGAGCAAGACUCCAGCUGCUCAUCCCAACUCACGCUUCUGCUCGCCGGCGGCUCAGUGUCCCAUCAUCGACAAGGCGUGGGAAGAUCACGAGGGAGUGCCAAUCAGCGCCAUCCUGUUCGGCGGAAGACGUCCGGCUGGAGUGCCUCUGGUGUACGAGGCUAAUUCUUGGGCACAUGGAGUCUUUCUGGGCGCUGCCAUGAGGAGUGAAGCCACGGCUGCUGCUGAACACAAGGGCAAAGUCAUCAUGCACGAUCCCUUCGCGAUGCGUCCCUUCUUCGCCUACAACUUCGGUCACUAUCUGGAUCACUGGCUCAGCAUGGAGAAGCGAUCGAGCGUUCUGCCCAAGAUCUUCCACGUGAAUUGGUUCCGCAAGGACAACAAUGGGAACUUCAUGUGGCCAGGAUUCGGGGAGAACUCCAGAGUUUUGGACUGGGUCAUCAGGCGCAUCGACAACGAGCCAUGCUUCGAAGACUCGCCAAUUGGAAGGAUCCCGAGCCGAGGAGCGUUGAAUGUGGAUGGUCUGCAGCAGCCCGUUGAUCUGGACUCUCUGUUCUCCAUUCCCAAGGCCUUCUGGACGCAGGAAGUGGAGGAUAUCGCCAAGUACUUCGACAACCAGGUGGGCAAGGACCUGCCCGAUGGCAUCGCCAAGGAGCUGAACGAGCUCAGGACACGUGUUCAGGAUAUCAAGGAAUAAGAAUCUCGCCAUACAUUUAGGGUUUUAAAACAGUCACAAAAUAUAGCAAAAGACACUAACGGACCUCCUCUGCAGAUAUUCAAUGCAGAGGAAUUAUGAGAGAUGCUAAACACUUUUGUACAUUGUUAAAGUCUUGUGAUAAAACACAUUGUUUUAUAGAUUAGGCUUAUUAGGCUGAAAAAAAAAGAGUAACAUUUGUAAGAA